AUACCCUGCUUUUGUAAGGGAGGGAAUUUUGUGGUGUGUCAAUUUGAUGUAAAUAUCUCUUUUGCUGCUUCACUUGUUUCAAGUGUGUGAUGUCUACAAGACAAAGAACAAAGAAAGUCCUUGUACCAAGUAAUGGAGUAGUGUCUAGUAAAAAGAAGAAAAUGGCAGAGCCUCCUUCUACUAGUAAUAAGACCCGCACACCAACUGGCAGCAACAACUCCCCCUUCUUAUUGAUUGGAUGUUUCUUGGGAAUAUUCUGCUCUUAUUUUGUGUAUGGAAUCUUACAAGAGAGAAUUACUAAGAGAGAUUUUGGUGGUGAGAAGUUUCGGUUUUUUAUGUUUUUGGUUUCAUUUCAAUGCAUCAUUAAUGCUGCUGUAGCUAAAGGAGCUUCCUGGUAUAAGAAGGAGUCUCUCUCACUCAAACCAUUGCCCAUGUACAGUGUCCUCUCGCUCAGUUACGUUGGAGCAAUGGUGACCAGUAACAGUGCACUGGCCUACAUUACGUACCCUACACAGGUUUUGGGGAAAUCAGCUAAGCCGAUCCCUGUAAUGGUGCUAGGUGUUCUAAUUAAUAAAAAGAAGUAUCCAUUAAUUAAAUAUUUAUGUAUAUUAAUGAUCGUCUGUGGAGUCGGACUGUUCCUUUAUAAAGACACACCCACUAAUAAUAAUAAUAAUAGUACCAAUACUAAAUUGUUUAAUAUUCUUGGAAUAGGAGAAUUGCUAGUUUUUAUAUCAUUGUCAUUGGAUGGGGUCACUGGGGUUCUUCAAGAAAGAUUAAAGGCUUCUCAUAAUGUCUCGGCAUUACAGUUGAUGUUUGGCGUUAACUGUAUUGCUCCUGUUUACCUAAUCACAGGGCUACUAGUCACAGGGGAAGGACUCACUGCUCUAUACUUCAUAGGUCGUCAUCCUGAGGUGACUCUAAACCUAAUAGCAUUCAGCCUUGCUAGUGCUAUUGGCCAGUUAUUCAUAUUCAUAACAAUAACAACAUAUGGUCCACUAACAUGUGCUGUCUUUACCACCACUCGUAAAUUCUUCACAAUACUAAUGUCAGUUCUGUUGUUUGGGAACACUUUGCUUCAAAGGCAAUGGGUUGCUGUGGCCCUAGUCUUCAUUGGCCUGUCAAUAGAUGCUUACAUUGGCUCCAAGAAGAAGACGGAGCAAACUAAACAGCAGCAACAAACUCAGAUAGCUUAAUUAUUAUUUAAUUAUCUCAUCUUUCUCUUUUAUAAAUAUUUUUCAAUAAUUAAAA